AUGACGGACUUGUCCAAAGAGGAGCUACUACAACGAAUCCAGCAACUUGAAAAUGAAAAUGAACAGCUCAAAGCUGUAGCACUGCAAUCGUUGCAUACUCUGCGAUACAAUCAAUCUUGUAGCCAUUCACUUCAACAAAGCAACUCGGUAAAUGAAGAACCCUUGUCACUAGAAGAAUUUAAAAGGUAUGGCAGGCAGAUGAUAGUUCCCAAAUUUGGAUCCUUAAAUGCUCAAAAAAAGCUACGAAGCUCCAAAAUUUUGGUGGUUGGUGCAGGAGGUUUGGGGUCGCCUGCUUUGCAGUACCUUUGCGCUGCUGGUAUAGGUGAGAUAGGCAUCAUUGACGAUGAUACAGUUGACGUGAGUAAUCUACAUAGACAAAUCAUUCACAAGUCUAGCCUGGUUGGUAUUCUCAAGUGUGAGUCUGCAAAACAAAGUAUGAAAGAUUUGAACCCUUUCGUUAAAGUGGAGACCUACCCCGAAAGGUUAACAGUUUUUAAUGCAUUUGAAAUCAUUGACAAAUACGACUUGGUAUUAGAUUGUACCGACCAUCCUGCCGUACGAUACUUGAUAAAUGAUGUAUGUGUCUUACUCGGUAAGACCAUUGUUAGCGGUUCGGGCUUGAGGGCUGAAGGUCAAUUGACAAUUUUGAACUACGACCAAGUAGGUCCUUGCUAUAGAUGUUUUUACCCACAGGCGCCCGAGCCAAGCUCUAUAACUUCGUGCUCUGAUGGAGGAGUCAUUGGACCAGCAAUAGGACUUGUUGGAGUUGCCAUGGCCAUGGAGACCAUUAAACUACUUACGGGUACCUAUACAAGAGAGAAUUUUACGCCGUUUCUUGCAUCAUACUCUGCUUAUCCAUUACAGCAAAUGAAAACUUUCAAAAUGAGACCAAAACAGUCUUCAUGUAAAGUUUGCGGAGACAGGCCAGAAAUUACUAAAGAGAUGGUAGAAAAUGGAAGUAUUGAUUAUGUAUCAUUUUGUGGGCAUAUAGACGAAAAGAAUCCACCACUUCAAAAAAAGUACAGGAUCACAGUGCAGGAAUAUUCAUCAUUGCUCAACUCGCAGUCUCGAGAACACACUUUGAUUGAUGUUAGACCAAAGGAGCAGUUUGAGAUUACAAACUUACCAGGUUCGAUCAACCUCGAUUGGCCGCUGGUUUUUAGUAAAUGUGAUAACGAUAAAAUAGACCUGCUCUUGCCUCAAGAUAUUACAAAGGCUGACCAGCUUUAUGUAAUCUGCAGGUUCGGCAACGAUUCCCAACUAGCAACCGCAAAAUUGAUCGAAGCUGGGUAUUUAAAUGCGAAGGAUAUCAUUGGGGGUUUGAAUAAGUGGUCGGAAGAUAUUGAUGCUGCAUUUCCAAAGUACUAA